UCUAAAAGGCGCGCUCACGACACCUUCGUCUUCGCCGAGAAGUUUCUCUUCUCCGUCGUCUCUCCGAUGCCAAUCUCCGCCGAUUCUUCUUCUUCUUCCUCCUGCUCCGCUUCAUUUCUAGAAUGCGCCACUCCGACGAGUCCGAGCGUUCAACUCGUUUCUAAAUCGGUGUCAGAUCGACUUCUCGGCAAGUUCUUCGACGCCUCAAAAUUCGACUUCGAUUACGAACAGAGUAGCUUGUGGUCUCCGCCGAUUCAACGGAAAGUGUUUCUGGAUUCUCCGGCCGAUGUUUGCUCCGGUUACGUGGUUCUCUCGAAGCUUGACUAUGCGAGGAAGGCAUGGAGGAAAUUCAUUAUCUGUUUCAGUUGACACUUCAAACUCAGGCAAAUGGGAUAUUUUAAGAAGAAAAACAAAAGGGAAUUUCAGAAAAAACUCUGCAAUAGUCUGCUGAGGCAGGUAAGGCCAAGAAUAUCUGACUUUGCUUUUUGGAUAAGCUUAAGCACAAUAUAUAUGCAUUGCUUUUUUGCUUCUUUUUCUGAUUAUAUAGA